AAACAAAUAAAAUAGAGCCACAAAGACAAAGCACACCAUCCUAGCCAGUUAAAUCAAGUUGAUUUUCUUUUCAACUCUGAUCAAAAUCAUAAAACUUGCAUCCAUGGCUGCCAUGAACUCCACUGUCUUGGCUUGUAGCUAUGCUAGAUCUGUUGAAGGAUGUUACGACCUCAAUGCAAAGCUCACUUCCAUGGCUUCAGUUGCAUCACCACCACCUGUCUCUGGUCACAAGUUGCAUAUGAUAAAAGCCCAGCAAGCCAGAGUUCCCCAAUACAAAGAAUCAAAAGCAAACGAAGGAAGGAGAAAUGCCCUUGUUUACUUGGCAGGUACCCUUUUCACCGCUGCAGCUGCUGCUUCAAAUUCUAAUGCCAAUGCUGGGGUCAUUGAAGAAUACCUUGAAAAAAGCAAGGCCAACAAGGAACUGAAUGACAAGAAGAGGUUAGCUACAAGUGGGGCAAAUUUCGCGAGAGCAUACACUGUGCAAUUUGGCACUUGCAAGUUCCCUGAGAACUUCACUGGUUGUCAAGAUUUAGCCAAGCAAAAGAAAGUGCCAUUUAUUUCUGAUGAUUUGGAGCUUGAAUGCGAAGGAAAGGACAAAUACAAGUGUGGUUCUAAUGUUUUCUGGAAAUGGUGAAAGGGGCAACAUUUCCCGGCCAAAAAUUAUUUUCCUGUACUAAACUAAACUUCUCCUUGAUAAUACGCCAUUUUUAUUUUUAUUUUUGCUGUACUUUUAUUAUUAUUGCUGUUAAUGAUCUUCUGAAUCCUAUAAAACGAAAAUGAAAUAAAAUAAAAAUAAACCAGACUCCUUUCCUUUAGUUUGGUUGAAUUGCAUCAA